UAUAGACUUAUUUUGAAGACGAUAGCCAUGGAAGUCGAUCUGAAAACAGCGACACAUAUCAAGCACGAAGAUAAGGCAGAUUACGAUCGUCACGACUGCAAACAAGAGGACGAGAAGCAGUUCGAGUUAACGCAAGCUGAAAUGGGUAAGGUGAGGGAAGAAAACCAAAGACUAAAGGUGCACCUAGACCAGAUCAUGAAAGAGUACCAAGCCCUUCAAAACAAAUUCCAAGACAUUCUUCAUCAACAAGAAACUACUUCAACCACCACCACCGCCGCCGCGAUUAUUAUUAAUCAUCACAACGAAAAGCCGCAAAUCAACAAUGAUGAAUCCGAGCUUGUGUCCCUCAGUCUUGGAAGGACUUCAUCGACUGAACUAGUACUCAAGAAAGAUAAGAGAUCCACGACAUUGUCUCCAACCAAAAGUAGUAGUGGAGAUGAUCAUCAAGGGUUAGGCCUUGGACUAGAGUGUGGGAAAUUUGAACUAUCAUCAUCCACUAAACAAGCCGAAACAUCGGCUAAUCCUAGCCCUGAUAACAGCUUGGAAGAGGAUCAAGCUAAAGAUCAUGAAGCCGGCGAGACUUGGACACCGCAAAAACCUCCAACUCCAAAGAGAAAUGCUGCUGAUGAUGAUCAAGAGGUUUUGCAACAAAAUCCUGCUAAGAAAACUAGAGUUUCCGUUAGGGUUCGUUGUGAUACCCCUACGAUGAACGACGGGUGUCAAUGGAGAAAAUAUGGACAAAAAAUCGCUAAAGGAAAUCCUUGCCCGCGAGCAUACUAUCGUUGCACCGUUUCUCCAACUUGCCCAGUGAGGAAACAGGUACAAAGAUGUCCUCAAGAUAUGUCGAUUUUGAUCACCACAUAUGAAGGAACACAUAACCACCCGCUCGCGGUGGCAGCCACCGCUAUGGCAUCCACCACGUCGGCGGCAGCUAGUAUGCUAACUUCAGGCUCCUCAACCUCCGCGUCAAACUCAAACCCCAACAACACUACUUCUCAUCAAGGGCUAAACUUUUACCUCAAUGAGCACUCAAAAUUGAAGCCGAUUUACUUGCCACAUUCUUCGAUAUCGCCUUCUCCUUCGUGCCCAACCGUCACGCUUGAUCUUACGUCCAACACACUUUCAACGUCGUCGCCUUACAGCUACCGACAGCCAAUGACUACCCCCUUUCCCCCAAGAUUCUCAAGCACAAAUCUGAAUUUUAGUUCUUUAGAGUCUAAUGCAUUGCCUAUUUCUUGGAGUAAUGGGACCCUCAACUAUGGGAAAAAUCAAAUGGGGUCCCUAAACUUUGGAUCAUCAUCAACACAACCUCAAGAAAACAUCUUCCAAUCCUACAUGCAAAUGCAAAAUAAGAACAUGAUGGCAGCUCCAAGUAGUAAUAAUAACCAACAUUCUUUACAGCCAGAUACCAUUGAAGCCGCGACAAGAGCAAUCACUUCCGACCCUAAUUUUCACACGGUUUUACAAGCGGCAUUGACAUCGAUUAUGGGUGGUGGUUCUUUAGGAGGACAUCAAGCCGGCCUAGGCGAGAAAUCUAGCCAAAAUGUGAAACUAGGAGAUACAUCAUUUCCUGUAUUUUCGAGUUUUCCAUCAACUUCAAACACGAAUAAAUGUUCAUCGAAUUUCUUUAAUAAAACAACGGCAACGAUGAAUUCUCAAGCUUCGGGUUCAACUUCAUUGCCGCAUUCCAGUUCAAGGAGUAAAUCUAGCUCGCCGGAUACUAGCAGAGACCAUGUCGUUUGAUGAAGUAUAUGUUUAGAGUUGCUGCAAUUGGAUUUUUCUAUUAUUUUUGUUAUUUUUUUUUUAAGUUUUGACUUUUGUUAGUUGGUUUAUAGUAGUCAGAGAUCACAACAUUGAAUUGUAAUUAAUUAUAUAGUUUUGAAUCGUAACCCAUUUAUUAAACGUAUAUUUGCAAGCUAGGGGUGAUGUAUGAUGAAGGAAAUUGCGCAAGUUAAGAUGGUGAUCGAUUGUAGUGUAAAUAAAUAAAUAAAAUAUUGCUUCAUUUGUCA